AUGUCUGGGAUCACCGCUAAUGACGCCUGUAAUGACUGUUUAACAUCAGCGCAGCAUCUGAACUCCACGGAAAUCCACUCCCAUUCUCACAUCGAUGAAGAUGAUGAACUUCUCAAGUACAUCUGGAGGGAGUAUUUGCAUCCUAAACAGUAUGAAUGGGUGCUCAUAGCUGGAUAUAUCAUAGUUUUCCUUGUGUCUCUGGUCGGAAACACCUUGGUCUGUUUUGCAGUUUGGAAAAACCAUCACAUGCGCACUGUGACCAACUACUUCAUCGUGAACCUGUCCUUCGCAGACAUCCUGGUCACAAUCACAUGUCUUCCUGCGAGUCUUGUGGUGGACAUUACAGAAACCUGGUUCUUUGGACAGACCCUGUGCAAGAUACUACCUUACUUACAGACAAUCUCUGUGUCUGUAUCGGUUCUGACACUGAGCUGCAUUGCCCAAGAUCGCUGGUACGCUAUCUGCCACCCCCUGAAAUUCAAGAGUACUGCCAAAAGAGCCCGCAAGAGUAUCGUUCUGAUCUGGCUGGCAUCCUGCGUCAUCAUGAUUCCACAAGCCAUUGUCAUGGAAUGCAGCAGUCUGCUCCCAGAGCUCACCAACAAAACCAGCCUGUUCACCGUGUGUGAUGAGCAGUGGGCAG